UAAGAACGGAAGGGUUGGAAUGUGUUACAAAUUGGACACCGGUGUCAUUGAGAAUUCCAAUCCCAGCUGAUGCAAAGUUAGCCCCAACAAGCAUUCUUUGCCCUCCAAACUGUGGACUCAAGUAAGGCAGCGGGGAUUCUGAAGCACCAAUCUUCUGACCUGCAAUUCAAGGUUUGACCAACAAUAAAAUAAAUGUACUCAGCUGAUGAUGUCCGGGAUGUUAAGGCCAUUAGAGAAACGGCCCGUGGGUCUAUGCGUAGGGUAAUCAACCCCAUAGGGCGGCGAAUCUGCCCUCGCGGUGGUAGCCAAGUAGUUAUUGUUGCCGCUGUCCACCAGCGAGUCCCCGAACACAAAGAACGCAGGAGCAGCCGCAGCCGCAGCUUUAAUCAUCAUCAGCAGCAGACCUGAUAAAACAAUGCAGAGGCCAGUGGAAGGGGAAGAAAAACUUGCUUUGGCCAUAUAGCCUGAGGUAUAUGAUUAACAAGAAAGUUUUGACUUUUUUUUGCAUGAAAAGCUAAUAGAUGCUUGCAUGGCUUUAUACAAAUGGCUUGAAACUGAAAGACCAAAGGUUGAAUUAAAUGUUGUGAGUGAAGCUUGGUGGAAA